AAGAAGCGAGGGUUUUGGCAAGAUUGGCUCAAACUCCGCCAAUCUCUGGGCAAAAAACAUAAACAGACUAUUUUGGAGGGGCAUUAUUAGAUCGUCUCUCACUCUUGUCGGACAAAAAAAUGCAAUCGAUUCGUAGUAGCAGUACAAGGUUGCUUCAGAGGAACCGUUUCUCCAUCUCCAACACUCUUCUUCGCUUCACUUCGUCAAGCUCGUCUGAGAAUGAAUUGAGAAAGCUAGGAGGAGGGUAUGAUCCUUUCCCUUCCACAAGAGCUUUCGAUUCGUAUCUCAUCAGCUCGUUGACAAAGGCUGUUCCUUUCUCUUCCCCACUACCUAAGCAAAGCUUUAUGUAUUCAUCGAGGUACUUUUCCACCGUUGGAGAUUCUGUGCCUCGAGGGUUCCCUGUUGUGUCAGCUCCUGAUGUGUCUCCGAGAAUCAAGUUCAAGCGGCUUGAUAAAACCGCCAAGCAUAUCAUGCAGAUUGUAGACAAGGAGGCAGUUGAGGAAGUGAGAACUCGUAGAGAGAUACCUGAGAUAAGGCCUGGUUACAUUGUCCAGCUCAAAGUGGAAGUGCCUGAGAACAAGAGGCGUGUUUCAAUUGUAAAAGGAAUUGUGAUAGCAAGGCGUAAUGCUGGUCUUAACUCCACUUUUAGGAUUAGAAGGCUUGUGGCUGGAGUGGGUGUCGAAUCCAUGUUUCCCUUGUAUUCGCCAAACCUGAGGGAGAUUAAGGUGUUGGACAAGAAGAGAGUGAGAAGAGCCAAACUCUAUUACCUCAGGGACAAGAUGAACGCCCUCAAGAAGCAUUAG